AGUUUCGUUUGUGAAAAAGAAUUUAAAAAUAAAUCGGUCGAAUUUAAUUCCUUUUAAUUUUAUUUCUGGUUUUAAAGUCUUCGGAACUGAUCGUAUUACUAAAAUAAUAUUAUUACCAGAUCUAAAUUAUGUUGCGCUCUCGACCCAUAUUGAAUUUAGUACAGAAGUUAAAAAACGUGUCUUACAUGAGCAGUUCAUCAGAUGCUGUGGACACUACAUAUAUGGAAAUACCGUCGUACGACGUAGAAAAACCACAACCUCUAGAAAUCCGUAAGGCUAGGCUUCAUUACCAAUCUAGAAAGAGAGGAAUGCUAGAAAAUGAUCUAUUGCUGAGUACUUUUGCCAAGAAACACUUAGAUAGUUUUGAUGAAAAGCAGACUAUGAUGUAUGACAGACUCAUCAACUCGCCAAGCAAUGACUGGGAUCUCUACCACUGGAUUGUUGAGAAGUCACCUACACCAAAGGAAUUUGAUAAUGAAAUAAUGAAUAUGUUGAAGAAACAUGCAAAAAAUGAGAGCCGUGAAUCUCUUCGUCAGCCAAAUCUGUAUCAAUAGUGAUAUUAUCAUCACAUGAUAAUGUUUUGUUAUAGAAAAAUUGCUUUUAGUAUUACAGUUUAAUGAAAUGUU